CAGUGCUGUCGCGACCCCAUCGCAUCGCAGCGCGGACCAGACGCUCCGCACACUCCGCUCACAUCGAGCGCUCACUGCACUAAAACUAUACAAAACUUCUUAAACACUAAUUAUAGACAUAAACUUAUCGAGAAUACUCUUUAAAUAUAAUAGUUAUAAAAGUUGUUGUUGUUUUAAAAAGUUUCAAAACUUUUUACGCGGACUUAAACUUUUGAAAUUAGUAUUAGUGAACUAUCAUUCUCUUUGGUGAUGUGAAAUGGGUUGGCAUCGCAAGCAGACCCGCGCGGUACCGCGGCCGAUGGUGAGCUGGUGCGCCUGGGCAUGCGCGCUGCUCGCCGCCGCCGCGAGCGCCCAUGCGGAUGUCGACACCUCCACGGGACUUGGAGACAACACUCUGACUAAUUCAGUGGUGGAGGAGCCCGAGUUCACGGACGUGAUCCAGAACAUGACGGUGCCGGCCGGCCGGAGCGUGCGGCUGGCGUGCUCCGUCAAAAAUCUCGGAUCUUACAAGGUAGCAUGGAUGCACUUCGAGCAAAGCGCCAUAUUGACCGUGCACAACCACGUGAUCACGCGUAACCCGCGCGUCAGCGUCACGCACGACAAGCAUCGCACGUGGUUCCUGCACAUCUCCGACGUGCGCGAGGAGGACCGCGGCCGCUACAUGUGCCAGAUCAACACUGUCACGGCGAAGACGCAGUUCGGAUACUUGCACGUCGUAGUACCACCGACAAUAGACGACUCGCUAAGUUCAAGCGACGUGAUCGUCCGCGAGGGCGCGAACGUCACGCUGACGUGCCGUGCUAAUGGCUCCCCUAAGCCCACCAUCAAGUGGAAGCGGGACGACAACUCGAAAAUCUCCAUCACUAAAGGACAUUCAGUCUCCGACUGGGAAGGCGAAGUACUGGAGAUGGCGCGCAUCUCUCGGUUGGAUAUGGGCGCCUACUUGUGCAUCGCCAGUAAUGGCGUGCCACCCACCGUGUCCAAGAGGGUUAAAGUCAGCGUUGAUUUCCCUCCAAUGCUAUGGAUUCCUCACCAACUGGUCGGAGCGCCCCUCUACUACAACGUGACCCUGGAAUGCUUCACCGAGGCCCACCCCACAUCCCUGAACUACUGGACUCGCGACGACGGCCACAUGAUUCACGAGAGCGCCAAGUAUCACAUGGAGAAUACCCUCGGCGUCCCGGCGUAUAAAACACAUAUGAGGCUGCUGAUCAGGCAUAUUACUACUGAAGACUAUGGGACGUAUAAAUGCGUGGCCAAGAAUCCGCGGGGAGAGUCGGAUGGAACGAUAAGGCUAUAUACUUCUUCUCCGCCAACCACGACGCCUGACCCGCGGGCCGCAACCGUUCCGCCGCCGUCCAAGCCACCACGCAAAGACACGCCAGUUCUGGACAAAGGUACAAAGUAUCAAUCCAACCUGAACGAGAUCGACAAGGGCAAGCAGAAACCAGAUGAGGGCGGUGGGAAGUCUCACCUCAACUGGGUCGGGGGCGCAUCGCAAGUCACAGGUUAUGCUGAUUGGAGGAGGAGUCAAGCAUGGAUUCUCAUUUUGUUAGUAGUACUAGUAUCUUAUUUCUAAUUGGUUAGUCACCAUUAAAUAAUGCAGUUUUUUGCUGACAUUCCCGUAUUUUAGUCGAGUAUAUAGAUUAUUUUAGUCAUUUACUUAGACUUAACAGAAACAUAUACCACCUUUAAUUUCUAUCAAACAAGAUUAUUUUAUUAGUUACACUAUGAAAAACCUUACGUAUCUCAAAGGUGCGACUUUGUUGUUCAUAUUUCAGUUUUACUACUUCCAUAUGUUUACCGUAUGCAUUAUGACUGCUUGGUUUUUUUUAAUUCAACGAACACAAACCAAAUAUACCUAUAAUAAAAGACAUUUUUUUUGUAUUUACGAAUGUCAUAAAAAUUCCAGAUAAUUUAAAAACAACUAAUAAAUUAUCGUCAAAUCAUCAUAAUUCUGCCCAGAAAUUAAUAAAAGACUGUUUAAACCCUAUAUGACAAAUAUUCAAAACAAAGUAUGGAAUUGCCGAGAUAAACGUCAUAUUUUUACAGAGAUUAGACGUUUAUGAUGCCAUUUUCAACACUUUGUUAUUGCAAAAUCUCUGUAGAGUUAACUCGGUCUGACUCUAUUACCCAAUAAAACUAGUAAAAAUGUUACGAAAUAGUAAUCCUCAAAUGGAAUUCAUACACAAAUGUAAUACGAUAGCUGUGGGAAUAUUGCCAGGAAACUGAAGCAACAAAUAAUACAAUAGGCAGAACUAAUCGAGCGGUAUUUUAUGAGAAAAGUACCAAUACUACGACCUCUUUUCAAUUUGCAAAUGAUAACAUCGGGAACUAUGGAUUACUCCAUGUUGUGCUAGAGCUUAUGGAUUGUCAAAUAUCACUUAAUGUCUUAAAAACAGGUAUCUACUUAGAAUCGUGACUUCUAGAUGGUCAUCAUAUUAUAUACAUUAUCUAUACAAUGGUGUGCUUAAUUUAAACAAAUUUGUUUUACAUAGUGUAAAAACCGUUGUUGUUAAUUAUAAAUGUUUAAACUAUAGUGGACAAACAGUUCCUUGAACUAUAUGUGGAUGUCUCAGACACUGAAUUCAUUCUGACUUAUAACAUGCAUUCUGGUAUAUCUAAUUCGAUACAAUUUACAUAAACUAGAUGUGAACUGAAUGUAGUAUUUGAGACAAAUACGUACCUUUUAAAUUCCUUCUCGGUGUAGCAGAUUUUGUGACCAUGCUAUGGUCGGCGAUAUCAAUGUUUGUUUGUAAUCAGUGAACCUGCACAGUAGCAAAUGUAUCCCAAUAGGUGUUAAACGUUGCAAUAAAUCUGCUGGGCCGUGAAUAGUAAAUUUUAUUCUAGUAAAACACUGCACACGAAUUAAAUAAAUAUAAAGUGCACUAAACUAUAAUCUUAAUUGUUAUUUUGAUAACAUAGACUAAGACUGAAAAUAAUAUUAUCUUUAGAAAAACGUUGUCCAUAAUUUUAUUUGUGCUUAUUUAUACACCUCAUGUUUGCUGUGAUACAAUAAUAAAUUGACGGGAUUUGCAAGUUUGUGUACAUACAUAAUUUCUUAUUUAAUUCAGGCGAUUCGCGUCCACAUUUAUAUUUCCCCGUAUUGAUCACUGUGUAGGAGGCAUAACCUUAACCUGGUUAAUUUACUUUAUGAGACAGAAAACUGAUGUUCAUGCUACCUGAAAUGACAUUAUUUUAGGCAAAAUUUAACCCAAAUAUAAUUUUUUGACAACUGAACAGGUUUCUUCGGUCAAUUAAAAUUUGUAUGUAAUGCAUUGUACGUAAAAGCAUGUAAAAGUUAUCGUUAACAUGUUGCCAAAUUGCUAACUAAAUUUAAGAAACUGUAAUGCUACUUAGAUAGGUUGUUGUAAAUAUACCCCUAAGCCAAAGCAAUGAAGUGACUAGUAUCUGAGAGUAUAUCUAUUGAUAGUGUAACUAUGAGUUUAUUAUAAGAAGCGCAAGCAAUGUGUCGCUUAACUUCAAACCUGGGUAAAUCCAAUCUGCUUUAAGGUUGAAUAUAUAAAAAACUAUUAUAUGAUCUGAAAGAUAAUCAACCUUACAGGAGAAUGGAUUUACCCAGUUUUGAAGUUAAGCGACACAAUUGUAAUAUGUACUACAUGUCACGGUACCAGAGGUGUAGGUUAUAUAAAUUAAAUAAAGCUUGUUUUAAAAA